AGAAAGCCACACUCCUGGGUUAAACAGCGCGACUCUGACGCCACUUUUCUGCAGCACGUCUGGCGCGCGCAGGUAUAAAACAUACAGGCGCGCACCAAGCGCCCACAAGAGCGCACGAAAGCCACUGGGACAAAUCUCGCUCCAAUCUUCUGGACAAUAUGCAUCCUAACUUGGUGAGCUGGCUGGGGACGCUGGGCUUCCUGCUGUGGGCGCUGGUCUGCCUGGGAGCCUUGACGGAGGGGUACCCGGUGAAACCGGAGAACCCCGGGGAGGACGCUCCGGCCGAGGAACUGGCCAAGUACUACUCAGCCCUGAGACACUACAUCAACCUGAUAACGAGACAGAGGUAUGGGAAAAGGUCCAGUCCAGAGAGUCUGGUCACACUGAUCUCAGAGCUGCUGCUGAAGGAGAGCAGAGACAUACUUCCACAGUCGAGAUACGACCCAUCAUCGUGGUGAUGCUGUCGUCAGCCUGCUGCACUCUAUCACGUCUGUCCGUUCACCACAUCCAAGCAGCCUGGUCCUCCUCUUGUCCCCAUGCAGCUUCAAAGUUCUGUAGUACACCGUGUGCCAUACAACUGUAAAUAGUUUAUGCCGUCAUUGUCUGUGAAAUAGAAAACGGAGAUGGGGCAUGUUGAUUGUACUGUAUAUUUGUGCUAAUAAAGAUUCACUGUUUGAAAAAAA